UUAAAUUGUUUUUGUCGUUGUUCUUUCAGAACUGUCAUAAUUUUGAGGACAUUGCUUGUCAAUGAGAAGGGAUAUAUAAGCAAAUAAUUACACAUCUUAGUCAAACUGAAAUUGAAUGGGAAAGUAACAAUUGGUGUAAAACUGAUUUAUAAUGACAUUACCAUGUUUUGCUUUUAUGUGACAAAGUGCCUUUAUUCAGCAGUCUUCUAAUGAUGAUGUGAUUUAUGAUUUAAAAGGCCUGAACCAAUAUGGAUGUUAUACCUUGCAUCAGAAGUAUAGCACCAACACCUAAUUAGCUCUCUCCUGAGCCCAAAGUCACUGAGCCCAACUCUCCCUUCAUGAUGCAGUGUGUGGUUUGAGAUAAAUGAUAUAACAUUAAGCUCAAGGUGGUUGAGUCUCAAGCAGUAGGGAGGCGGAAGCAAGCCAAGGGAGCUCCGUGCCCACUGAUCCCACGGGACUCACUGAAGACACCGGAACUGUUCUUGCAGUGUUGGGUUUUAAUGCACUCUGUACUGUGGCUAUUUGUUUAACUCCUGAAGUGUAGACUGUGGGGAGACUGGAAAACAAGGGGUGGGUAGUGACACAGAAUGUAAUGUAGUGGGUUAGCACUGAGGAAAUCUAAUAAUGACAAAAUUCUUGUGUGUUAUGGGAGUUUCAGUGGUAGAUAGUAUAUUUAGGGAUUAACAACAGAAGUAUUGCAUGCCAUUUUUACAUCACUAGAUAUGUCUCCCCUCAGCUAGCUUGCAUUCUCAGUUUCCUGAGUUUGUGAGUGCAAUUUAAAUUAGUGACACUUUAUUUUAUUUGGUAAUUGAUUCCAGUAUUGGACCCAGGGACGUUAAAUAUACUUGUCAGUGUCUUACAUGUUUUUAAUAUGGUUAACUAAUAGUCUCAGGUAUAGUUUAGAGGAGUAGAAGGUAGGAAUCCCCCUUGGUGGGAGCCUACCUCCCCCAAAUAUUUGGUUUCAGUUAUUUCAACGACCAUAUGGUUUUUUCUCUCCCCCCUUCGUGUGUGUGUUGCAGCACCCGGAUAGCAAGAUGAUGCAGAUCAACCUGACAGGCUUUCUGAAUGGGAAGAAUGCCCGGGAGUUCAUGAAGGACCUGUGGCCCCUGCUGCUGAGUGCCCAGGACAACAUUGCUGGCAUCCCCUCUGCUUUUCUGGAACAGAAGAAAGAGGAAAUCAAACAGAGACAGAUUGAACAGGAGAAGCUUGCUUCUCUGAAGAAGAUAGACGAGGACAAGAAGGACAAGGACAUCAGAGAGAGGGCUCAGUCAAAGAGCCCAAGAAGGCGUAAGACAAGGUCACCAUCACCACGGCGAAGGUCGCCAGCGAAGCGGGAAAGAAAGCGCAGCCCCUCACGCUCCCCAAGACGUAAAGCCAGUCCUAUUAGUAGCAGUUCACCACCUCCACCGCUGAUGCAGCUGCCAACAAAACCUUUGGAGCAGCUUGUAGAAACUGAUACACCAGGAAGAGCAGUGCCAGAACCAAUUAUCCAAGAAGCUUCUUCCACCUGUGAUGCAGUUGUGGAGGUGGUAAAAGCAGACUCAGUGACUGAAGUCAAAGAACCCUCCCCAGAAAGAAGUCAUAAAAAAGAGGACAGACCGAGGUCUCGUGAAAGAGAGAAGGACACCAGGAGGGAAAGACCUCACCACCGCUCCCGUUCUCACUCCCGUUCUCGCAGACGACGCUCUCGUUCAAGAUCUUAUUCCCCUCGUCGAAGACAAAGUCCCAGAAGGAGAAUGUCUCCUCGUCGAAGGAGUCCCCCAAGGCGUGGCCCCACCAGCUCUAGACACAGACAUAGGCGCUCCCCUGUCCGCAGGAGGCGUUCUCGCUCUGCUUCAUCCUCUGGCAGCAGCUCCUCAGGCUCUCGCUCACCCAAAAAAGCGAUGAAAAGAAUAUCUAACACACCACCCCGAAAACAGGCCCAUCAUCUUGACACUUCAAUUAGCCCCGCAGGGAAAGAGAGACGAUCACCGUCUCCACGGGCCAGAAGGGGCCGGGGCUCUGCUUCACCACCAAGAUCAGCAGGUUUAAAGCGAAAACAAGGAGGAAGGGGUGAUUCUCCAUCUGAUAAUGCCAAGGCCAGACCCUCUGAAGGGUCAGAGUCAGAGGAGGAUAAAAAUGAGAAAGGGGCAACAGCAGAUUCGGUGCAGCAGCGACGUCAGUAUCGCAGGCAGAAUCGACAGUCGUCCUCAGAUACAGGGUCUUCCUCCUCAGAAGAUGAAGGACCUAAAAGGCCAACAGCAGGACCAGGGGCCAGAAAUGGUGAAGUCAGGAGAAGACGAAGCCGUACACCCUCCCCUAGGAGGCGACAUAGGGACGCCUCACCAAGGAAAAGACGUUCUCCCUCUCCUGCACGCAGACGUCGCUCCCCCUCUCCCCCACGACGUCGUAGAUCUCCCUCUCCUCCUCCUAGACGCAGGUCUCCUUCGCCUCCACCCCGCCGUAGAUCGCCGUCCCCCAGACGAUAUUCUCCACCCAUCCAGCGACGUUACAGCCCUUCACCUUUGCCACCUCCGAAGAGGAAGCUGUCGAAUUCACCCCCAAAACGUUCUUCUCCGGGGGCCAAACGACGCCCUUCCAGGUCUCCUAAGCGUAGGAGCUCUCCCGCUCCAAGGAGACGCUCACCUCCCUCCUCCGCAUCUCCACCCAGACACAGGAGGAGCCCCAUGUUGCCUUCUGUCAGGCCAAGCAGGGACACGCGAUCACCUGUUGGAUCAGCCAGACGCUUCUCCCCGUCCCCUGUGAACCGCGGUCGCACUGUUAGGGGUUCCUCCAGUCCUCAGGGACGUUUUGAAACCUCCAGUACAUCUCCAUUGAACCAGCGGAGACAGCAGUCCCCUUCACACAGUAGUAAACUCAUCCGCAGAGUGUCCCGCACACCAGAGCCACGCAACAACCAGAGACCGUCUCCGAGCCCCCAGCCUAUGAGGAGAGUGUCCUCCAGAUCCAGAUCGGUGUCCCCGCAACCAGUAGCUCAAAAACGUCCAGCCCCUGCAUCUGCCUCCCCCUCACCAUCUCGCUCUGUCAGUGGAUCUCCACCACCAGCCAAAAAGGCCAGCAGUGGUUCUGGCAGUCGAUCUCCAAGCAAGACGUCCGAUGUUGAUGUCAGUGGAAAGAAAAAGAAGAAGAAGAAGGAAAAGAAACAUAAGAAAGAGAAGAAACACAAAAAGCACAAGAAGCAUAAGAAGGAGAAGAGCGGUGCAGCUGUAUCUGGGGAUGGACCAGAGAACCAAGGUGUGGAGGAAGAUGGAGAUUCGAGAAAGGAAUCAGACAGUGAAGUUGACGACAGCUUGGAUGAUCUGGAAAAGCACCUUAGAGAGAAGGCCCUGCGCUCCAUGAGAAAAGCCCAGUUGUCUCCAUCACAGAUGUCCUGAAAACAAGAGGCUUUCUUCCUCUUGAAUUUUCCACUCACUUUUGAUGUUUGUCAUCAACCUGGUUCAGCUUUAGAAUGUACAAAUUGUUAAAUCUUGAGUCUUGUUUUCUUUUUACUGGUUUGGUACAUUCUGGAAAGUGUGUUUCUUUAAGAGCUUGAUUUGUCGGUUAGUGUAUUAUCUAAACUGUAAAGAAACUUGUGUUGUCCAUAAUUUUAAAUUGUUGAGCAGGGAACGAGUUGAAGCCCUGAGGUUUGAGUUGGGCAGGUUUGAUAUUUUCCACAAUUUACAGUAGAUCCAUUGAGAAAUGAUUGCAUGUGCAGUGAUUGUCUCUGAUGUGCAUGAACCACUGACCUUAUGAAGUGUAGGGAAAAACCACCAUACAGUAACAUACUGUUAUUAUUGCCUUUUAGUAGUGGAAACGGGGACACUGCUGUGUGCGCCGUGAAGAGGCCGUAACAGAAUGUCUAAUCCCAUAUUGUAACUUGUAAUAGAGGUGUUUUGGCAUCAUUAACCUGCUUUUUUCUGACUCCUAAAUUGUCUUGUUUGAAGACUAAAACAAUCUAAUGUGAUAAAUGCUUUAAGUUUUUUUUCCAAACAGAUUGAUAUGCAAUUUAUGUUGACACCGUUGUAUCAAGCUAAUCUCUGUGGGACUGCUCUAGUAUAUGAUUUGUAUUUAGUAACCUUGGCUCUUGUCAUCUUGUCAUCCUUUCAGAAUUAAAACCUUUUUAUAUAGGA